AUGGCUGAAGAGAAUUUGACGGCUGUUACUGAAUUUAUUCUCUUGGGACUGACGGACAUUGCAGAACUGAAAGUUAUGCUUUUUGUGUUAUUCCUAGUGAUAUAUGCCGUUACCUUGGUGGGGAAUCUGGCCAUGAUCUUCUUAAUCCAAAUCACUCCCAAACUCCACACACCCAUGUACUUUUUCCUCAGCUGCCUUUCAUUUGUAGAUGCCUGCUAUUCAUCAGUUAUUGCACCAAAAAUGCUGAUCAACUUCUUGGUUGUGAGUGAAACCAUAUCAUUCUCUGCCUGCAUAGUGCAGCAUUUGUUUUUUGGUGUGUUCAUCACCACGGAAGGCUUCUUGCUCUCAGUGAUGGCAUAUGAUCGUUAUGUGGCCAUUGUCAACUCUUUGCUUUACACUGCAGCCAUGUCUAAGAGGAAGUGUGUAGGGCUAGUCAUUGGGUCAUUCAUAGGUGGAAUGACUAACUCAUUGACACACACAAUAAGCUUAGGGAGACUGUCCUUCUGUGAGUCUAAUGUUGUCAGCCACUUCUUCUGUGAUGUUCCCCCACUGCUAAAGCUGUCAUGUUCUGACACUUCCAUGAAUGAAUUGUUGCUCUUAACCUUCUCUGGAGUCAUUGCCCUAGCCACCUUCUUGAUUGUGAUCAUUUCCUAUGUAUUCAUUGCUAUUGCUCUCCUGAGAAUCCACUCAGCAGCAGGCAGACGGAAAGCUUUCUCUACCUGUGUCUCUCAUCUGACUGCAGUGACCAUAUUCUAUGGCACCUUAAGUUUUAAUUAUAUUCAGCCAAAUUCCCAGUAUUCUGUAGAACAGGAGAAGGUGGUUUCUGUGUUCUAUACACUAGUGAUUCCCAUGUUAAACCCACUGAUUUACAGUCUUAGAAACAAAGAGGUAAAGGAUGCUGUGAGAAGGGCCAUAGAAAUGAAACAUUUCCCCUGCUAA